AUGUCGUUGGACAAACAAGUGGACAUUACAAAUAAAUUUGUUGAACUACUCAAGGAAACAUCCGGGCGACCGGAGGAUCUAAAUGAGGUGGCGAAGAACCUAAAAGACUACCUAGAUAAGCAGUAUGGCCGGGUCUGGCAAACGGUGCUGGUGGCCGGAUCGUACUGGAUGAAGUUCUCACACGAGCCAUUUAUGUCACUUCAGUUCAAGUGCGGACCACACAUUUGCCUCGUCUGGCGCACACCAUGCAUUGAAAGGGAUUCAUUUAACUG